GAGAGUGAAGUAGUUUGGUCAGUGAUCCAUUUUGUGUCCUUUCCUCCUCUCACAUCAUAUUCUCUUCUUUUCUUUUCCCGGAUUCCCGAAAUUUUCCUAGAAAAUUCACGCCGUGUCCUCGAAGACAGAUCCGAAGGGAACGCCAAAUCCAAUACCCAUCUCCGCCCAAAUAUAUAAUUUCCUUCUUCUUUCUCUUUCUACACUUUCCCAUUUUCCACACUAUUCACUAUUAUACACUAAUUUCUACUUUUUCGACUCAAAUUUACUCCGAUUUUUGUCGCAACCCUUUUCGUUAUUUUAGCUGUUUACUUCGAAUAAGAGGAAUAAGUUUCAUUGAGUGACCCCAUAAUCGCGAUUGUGCUUCGAUUUAGCGUGUAAUUGAGGGUUUUGUAGAUUCUACUUCUUGAUCCUAUUUUCAUUGAUCAAAAUCACUUUUUUCCUCUGUCAUUUUGUUCUGGGGUUUUAUUUUCUAGGUAUCCACAUUAGCAUAGUCUGAAUUUUUGAGUAAUUCAACACACUUUUGGAUCUCAAUGUUUGUUAAAUCUCUUUGGAUCUGAGAUUGUGCUGGAAAUCAAGAUGAAUCGUUGUUGAGACACUUGUAACAGGCAAAAGAUUUUUUUUUUUUUUUGCAAUUGAUGUGUGUAGUAGAGGGCUUUUUUGUAAUUUAGCAAGGAUUAGGAAUUUGGGUUUGUGAUGAUGGAUCAUGUUAUUGGUGGAAAAUUCAAGCUUGGGAGGAAGAUUGGGGGUGGGUCAUUUGGAGAGCUUUACUUGGGUGUUAAUGUACAGACUGGAGAGGAAGUGGCCGUCAAGCUGGAACCUGUGAAGACCAAGCAUCCUCAACUUCACUAUGAGUCAAAAUUGUACAUGCUUCUUCAAGGGGGAACGGGUAUUCCCCAUUUGAAAUGGUUUGGAGUUGAGGGUGACUACAAUGCCAUGGCAAUUGACCUCCUUGGACCAAGUCUUGAAGACUUGUUUAACUAUUGCAAUAGGAAAUUCUCUCUGAAAACAGUUCUGAUGCUUGCAGAUCAACUACUUAACAGAGUUGAGUACAUGCACUCCCGGGGUUUUCUGCACCGUGAUAUAAAGCCUGACAACUUUUUAAUGGGUUUAGGCCGUAAAGCAAAUCAGGUCUACGUAAUUGAUUAUGGCCUUGCAAAAAAGUAUCGGGAUCUUCACACACAUAAGCAUAUACCAUAUAGGGAAAACAAAAACCUCACUGGAACUGCGCGGUAUGCAAGUGUUAAUACUCAUCUGGGAGUUGAACAAAGCAGAAGAGAUGAUCUGGAAUCACUUGGUUAUGUGCUCAUGUACUUUUUGAGAGGAAGUCUCCCUUGGCAAGGUUUGAGAGCUGGCACCAAAAAACAAAAAUACGACAAGAUAAGUGAAAAGAAAAUGCUUACUCCUAUAGAGGUUUUGUGCAAGUCACAUCCAUUGGAAUUUACAUCAUACUUCCAUUACUGCCGAUCGUUGCGGUUUGAAGACAAGCCUGAUUAUUCGUAUCUUAAGAAACUCUUUCGGGACCUAUUCAUCCGAGAAGGCUAUCAGUUUGAUUAUGUCUUUGAUUGGACUAUAUUGAAGUAUCCACAAAUUGGUUCCAGUUCCAGAACCAGGCCUAGUAGCGGGAAACCAGUCAUAAAUCCAGGACAAUCAGGAGAUAGAAUAGAACGGCCUCAGGGGGACCAGAGAUUCGGGAUAGAUUCUCAGGUGCUGUCGAGGCAUUUGCAAGAAGGAAUGGAUCUGGGCAUGGUCUGCAUGGUGAUCAUUCCAGGCAUAGGUCUUCGGAUGAUGUGCCAUCUUCUAAAGAAGUGCAAGCUGAUUCUGAGAGGCCCCGUAGCUCUUCUCGUCAUGGCAGUUCUUCUAAAAGACCCGUCUUAUCAAGCAGCCGUCCAAACUCCUCUGGUGAACCGAGUGAAAACCGCUCUAGCCGACUGGUCUUGAGCAGUAGCCGACUAUCUACUACUCAGAGGACUCAACCAGCUUUAGAGUCCAAACCAUCAUUUACUCGUGCUUCUGGGACAAGAGGGGGUCGUGAUGAUACACUCAGGAGCUUUGAACUCCUGUCAAUUGGCACAGGAAAAAGGAAAUGAAGAACUCUGUACUUAUAUCAAGGGUCAUGGUUCUGUUACUUCUGAUACUUUUCCUUUGAGAGAUGUCUCUACCCUUGUUGGUUACUCUGUAUAUUUCCAUCCAAGGCUAAAAACUCAUUGAAAUUUCUUCAUGAAGCUUUAGCAGACUCCUCUUAUAGCUCUUCUGAUGUUCUUCCAUGAAUAUUUCAGCAUGGAUGGACACGUUCAUGAAGAGACACCAUGUUACUUUAGGAAUAUGUUAAUAUAUGGCUGGCUACAUGUAAUAAGUACUUUCUCUAUUUGUUUCUGCUGAAGAAAAGGAAAAGAAACUGCAAUUUGCAGAAAAUGCUCUAAAAGAUUUUGCACCCUUUUUAUCCAUAUUUCGUGGCUGAGUGCUAGGUUGUUGUAGUGUACAUUGAUGGAAUGGAAUUGUUGGCUCCCAUUAUGUACAAGAGAAAGAAAAAAGAUUGCUGUGCAUUUAGCCAGUUUGACUUGGAUUUGUAGAUCUUAUCCAUUGUCUAUCUAAUUGGCAUACUUCUUUUCACAAAACCACUUUAUCUUGUUGAGUUUAUAACAGAACAAAGAAUGUAGAUGCCGAUUUCCUU